AUGGUAAAACUUAAUUUGGAAGAAAUUAUUGAAGAUAUAAAAAAUUGUAAAAUUAUAAAAGAAUCAAUAAUUGAAAAAAUAUGUUCAAAAGUAAUAGAUAUAUUAAUUGAGGAGUCAAAUAUUCAACAAUUACAAACACCAAUAACAAUAUGUGGAGAUAUUCAUGGUCAAUUACAUGAUUUAAUAACAAUAUUAAAAAUUGGAGGUGAUUUAGCAUUGGAAAAUCAAAAUUAUUUAUUUUUAGGAGAUUUUGUUGAUAGAGGUUUUUAUUCAUUAGAAACUUUUUUAUUAUUAAUAGUAUUAAAAUUGAAAUAUCCUAAACAAAUUUAUUUAAUAAGAGGUAAUCAUGAAUCAAGAACUAUAACAAUGGUUUAUGGAUUUUAUGAUGAAUGUUUAAGAAAAUAUGGUUCAAUAAAUGUUUGGAGAAAUUGUUGUGAAGUAUUUGAUUAUUUAAGUUUAGGAGCAGUUAUAAAUAAUUCAAUAUUUGCUAUACAUGGAGGUUUAAGUCCUGAUAUUGAUACUAUAGAUGAAAUUAGAAAAUUAGAUAGAAAACAAGAAGUUCCUCAUGAAGGUUCAAUGUGUGAUUUAUUAUGGAGUGAUCCAGAAGAUAAUUUACAAGGUUGGAAUAUAUCACCAAGAGGUGCAGGUUUCUUGUUUGGUUCAAAUGAAGUUAAUAAAUUUUUAUACAAAAAUAAUAUGGAUUUUAUAACAAGAGCUCAUCAAUUAGUUAUGGAAGGUUAUAAAGAAAUGUUUGAUUCAAAAUUAAUAACUGUUUGGUCUGCUCCUAAUUAUUGUUAUAGAUGUGGUAAUGUUGCUAGUGUAUUAAUUAUAAAUGAUGAUUUAUCAAAAGAAUUUAAAGUUUUUGAAGCUGUUUCAAAUAAUAAUAAUGGAUUUAUUAAUAAUAAAAAACCAGUUGUGGAUUAUUUUAUAUAA